AUGUCUGAGAGUGAAAAUUUCAAAUUAAGAAGAGAAAUUAUACAGCUCAAAAAAUAGAUUGAAUAAUUAAGAGAGGAUGGUCGUUAAAAGGAUUAAAGGAUAGCAUUCUUGGAAGCCGAAUAAGAGUUCCAUUAGGGGAGAUAUGAAGAAUAGAAAGCAAAAUAUAAUGAAUUGCUUUAUUAGAAUGAGAGAUUUAGAAAAGAUGAGACCUUAAAGAAUUAAUUAGAUAAAGCAAGGGAUGAAUUAGAUAGAGAGAAGGCUGCUGUUCAAUAAUAUAUUGAUUAAUUGGAGAAGGUGAAACUUGAAAAUGGUAAUCUGAUGUGGUAAUUGACUUAAUUGUCAUUGAAAUACAAGGAUGAAAAUAUCGUAAAGGAUGAAUUCCAUUACAGAGACGAGGUUUAGGAUAACAGAGAAAAAUUGAAGAAUUUAGUGGAGAAAACAAAUGCUUUGAAUUAGGCUAUUGAGAGAUUGAGUGCUGAAAACAGAGUAUUGCGGAAAAUGGCAGGAGUUCCAGAUGAUUAUUAAUUUGAAUUGGAUGAUGUGAUUUAAGAAGGGCAAUUGUAAGUGGAGAAGUACAGAGCCCAAGUGAUUGAAUUGGAGAGAGAAGUGGAAGAAUUGGAAGAAGAGAGAGCAAGGUUGAGAAGAAAAUUGAGAGAAUAAGUAGCUGGAGGUGAAGUGAAUUUGGAAGAAUUCGAUUCUUAAUCAAAUAAUCAAUUGAGAAAGGAAAAUUAGGAAUUGAGAAGUAAAGUAAAGAUGUUGGAGGAAGAAAAUGCCCAUAUUCGUUAAAAUUAAUAAGAUUAUGGAGCUAUGGGCAUGGGCACAUAAUAAGGAAUUAUGAAAGUUACUAAUGAUUAGGUGUAAGAAAUGAUGUAGAAACAAUAACAGGAAUUAAGAGAACAACUUUAAGAGAUAGUCAAGAACUAUGAAAGGGUAAAACCUCUAAGACACUACAUAAUUGUUGAUACGGCUGGAUUGGAUAAAUUAAGUAUGCCUCCUAAUCCCAUUCCUGGAGCCUUUGGAAAUUAUAAUGAUAUUAAGGAUGGUUACAGUUAGCGCUUUAAUGUUAAAUUUCCGGUUGACAUGUCUUCAGCAUAUGGGGAUUCAGGCAUGGAUCAGAUGUAAUUGAAAUACGAAUUAGCAUCAUUGCAAUUGUAGAACAUAGAGACCUUGAGAUUAUUAUAAUAGAAGGAAGCUGAGUAUAUGAAUUUGUUAUAAGAAGUUACUACUAUUAAGGAAGAUAUAAAGGGAAAAUGUUUGUUGGUCUAAGAUCAAGAGAGACAAAUUUAAGGUGAUGUUUGGAGAGAUCCAAGAGAAAUACAAGGCUUAAUUGGAUUUGAAUGCGGGAAAGCAAAGAUUAAAUUAGCUCAUUAUGAGGAAUUUAUGAGAGACAGAGAGAAGCCAAAGAAAGAAAUGGAAGAAAAGUUAGGAGAGAUGGCUAAGAAGACUGCUAUUUUAGAUGUCAAUUUGAUCAAAUUAUCUCGAAAGUAUGAUGCAUUGACUGAAGAAUAUAAAUAAAUGAAGACCAGUUAUACAAUAGUAGAGAGUGAGAGUAUGGCAAAGGAGAAGGAAUUAUUAGAGAAAAUAUAUAAUUUGAUUUCAUGGAAGAAAUCAGCAGAAGAACAUAUGAGGGUUAUGAUUAAAGAGUUAAAGAAUUCAGUACCAGCUGAUGAAUUCAACAAUCUUAGAUAAAAGUUAGAAUACACAUAGGAUAAAUUGGCUAAUGCCUAAUUGAAAGAGGCAGAGUAUUAAAAGAGAAUGGCAACACUUGAGAGUCAUGAGAGAGAAGCAUUUGAAAAAGGAGAAAGAGUUAGGUAAUUGGAAGAAGAAUUAGUGGAAAUUUAAUUGGAAGAAGAAGUUAUUAAGAAAAGACUGUAGAGUUUUGAUUCUGCUUUUGACAAAUAUGUCAAGAUUUAUGAACAUAUUGUUGAGUUUAUUAAGAUUAAAAAUAUUUCAGUUAUUGAAAUAUUUAAAUUAUUCGAUGAGAAUGGAGACAACAAGAUUUCAAGAAGUGAAUUCACCACAGCUAUUAGUAAUAUUGGAGUUCCGGUGUCUAAUGAUGAUAUGGAAGUUGUAUUCAUGUUUGUAGAUUUAGAUGGAACUGGUUAAAUAGAGUAUUAAGAAUUCAUUAGAAAGCUCAAGAGAUCAGGAAUCAAUCUUAGAAAACCUGAAGAUUAAUUACUUUAUCAAUUAUAUAAUGCAAUUAAGGAAUCAGGUUACGAUUUGAGAUCUGCAUUCCAAGCAUUUGAUACUAAUUGUGAUAAUGUUAUUUCCAAGGCAGACAUGAAAGAAGCACUUCUUUAGAUGAAUAUUAAACAUGAUCAAAAGGCUAUUGAUUAUAUCUUUAGAAUGGCUGACACCAGUGGAGAUAAUUAAAUCAAUUAUGAAGAGUUCUAUGUAUUAUUUGAUGAAAUUGUGAAAAGUGAAUUAAUCAAUCAAGGAAAAUCAAUCUAACUCAGCUUAGAUAUUAAGUAUCAAAUUAUGUGUAAAUUGGAUCAAUCAAUUAAAGAUUAGAGAUUAACAUUAUUAGAUGUGUUCAAUAUGAUUGAUAGAGAUGGAGAUUAAACAAUUACUUUUAAUGGAAUUUUAAGCUUUGUUUAGAGAAUUAGAGGGAGGAAUCUCACCUGA